AUGGCCGAGCAGGAGGUGUGUGGCGUGCAGCAGUUGGAGGUGCCGCGGCGACGGUUCCAUGGGCGCAGGAAGCUCGGCUCCGUCGCUGGUCAAAGCCCGGCCACCAGCGGAGCUGCGAGGGCCACCACACACGCAGCGGGGCUGGAGAGCCGCGGCGGGAGCACCAGCACCGUGCCGGGCCGGAAGGCGAGCCUCAGCCAGCGCGUCCAGGAGCUGCGCGCCGUCAUUGCCUUGCAAGAGCAAGGGAGGAAGAUUUUCACACUGUCGUGUGAGGAAAAGCUCAGUCAGAAGAGAGAGCUGCUCCCCCGCCUGCGUGAGGCGGUGCAGGAAGACAUCAAUGCCCUGGGCAUUGUCCAGAAGUGCAACAAGCUCACCGUCUCCGAGGCUUGUGGAGCGCAGAAGCCCUUGGGCAUCACCUUGGCCAGGAAGACAGUGGAGGUGGCCCGGGAGAAGCUCCGGGCCAAAAUCUAUGAGCGGGUGAACACAUGCAACAUGCUGUUAUAUCAGCUGAAGCAGCGGAGUCAAGCCUGGGACCAGCUGCAGAGGAGACUGCAGCAGCUGGAGGAUGUUGAGAUGGAUGACAAGCGGCACCAGGCACAAGUGCAGGUGAUUCGCCAGCUGGAGAACAACAUUGAGAAGAUGCUCACGAAAGUCCGUGCUGGACAGAGGGUGACCGCCCUGUACCUGGCGGUGCGGGAUGUCCUGAGGAAGGAGCUGGCCCACCUGCCUCCGCACCUGGACCUUCUGUGCGGGAUGGCCAACCGGUACCAUAAGGAGCUGGAAGACAUGGAGGUCAUGGCCUUCAGUGCCCUUAAAGCCGCUGAUGUAACCAAGGAGGAGAUGGCCAAGAUGGAAGCCCAGUUCCGUGCGGAGAGAGAGCUCAGGUACCGCUCCCUGGCUGCCCAGAACGUGCCCAUCGACAGGCUCUGGCUGAAGGAAGCAAGCGAAAGGCACCUGAGAGCGCAAGCCAGGUACCAGCUCACCAAUCCUUCCCUGCCGCUUCCCUCCACCCUAGGCACCAAACUGGAGGCCACCAAGUCCCAGAUGGAGCGCGAGGCCUGGGUGACCGAGAAGAUGGAGAAGGCCAAGGCUGCGGUGCAGUGCUCCCGCCUCUGGGACAUCCCCAGCAGGCUACUGGCGCAGCAGAAGUCCUCAGUGGACCUGGAGCAGUAUGUCAAGGAGUGCAAGGAGAAGAAGCAGGUGCUGAAGGAGACGCUGAAGGAGCUGGAGCUGAAGCAGGCUGAGCUGAAGUUUCGCAAGCCCCCCAACACGACCAGUUGUAUGGAUGUCAAUGUGGUUGGUUCCAGGGAGCUGGAGGAGGAGCUGAGAAUGAACCUGCAGUUGGAAGAGACCCGGCUGGAGCAGAUGCGAGCCCAGAUGCUGAGGAACCAGGAGCUCCUGGUUGAGUUUGAAAAUGGCAUUGACAACCUCUUCGUCCGUCUGCAUGGCAUCACUGUGCCCGGCCAGGAUGAUUCUGCCAAGGCCGGGGGGGUGGAGGAGAAGCUCCAGCACUGUGAGCAGAAGCUGCAGUACCUGGUGGAGCGGGUAGCCAAUUUGCCCCCCGACAGCCACAGCCCCGAUGAGAGCAAUGAGACUUUUGUGAAGGUUAGGAAUUUUCUGGAGAAAACAACUGCAAAUCAUCCGCAGAACCUGAAGAUUUCCUUGGAUGACAUAGGCAGUAGCAUCCAAGACCCCUUUGAUUUUGCUGACAAAGACCACGGCCUUGUCCUCACCCGGGAAGACAUCAAGAAGCAGGGGCUGCACCUGAUCGAAAGCAAGAAGAAAAGCAGGAAGAAGUAG